AUGGAUGACCUGACAUUGCUGGGUGCUAACAACUUCCGUCGCUUCACUCCUGAGUCUUUGGUUGCCAUUCAGAAACACAUUGCAGCCAAGAAAGAAUGCAAAGACAUACCCCUUAUGGACAAACCUCGCCCUCAGCUUGACUUACAGGCAUUUCAGAAGCUGCCUGCUCUCUACGGAAACCCUCCACCGCAUCUCAUUGCAGAACCCCUUGAGGACCUUGAUCCUUACUAUAAUGAUCACAAGACUUUCAUGGUACUGAACAAAGGGAAAGCCAUCUUCCGAUUUACAGCCACCCGUGCUCUAUGGAUCUUUAGCCCUUUUCAUCCAGUCAGACGUAUGACAAUCAAAAUUUUGGUACAUUCAUUGUUUACUAUGUUUAUCAUGGUCACUAUUUUCACUAACUGUGUCUUCAUGGCUCUUUCGGAAUCAUCGCAAGGGAGCCCCAAUGAGACUUCCUCGAGCAAAUAUGUUGAGUAUACUUUCACUGGUAUUUACACCUUUGAAUGUCUAAUCAAGAUAUUGGCAAGAGGAUUCUGCUUGAAUGAGUUCACUUUUCUUCGAGAUCCAUGGAACUGGCUGGAUUUCAGUGUGAUUGUGAUGGCAUAUGUGGGAGAGUUUAUUGAACUGGGUAAUGUUUCAGUGCUUCGGAUGUUUCGGGUGCUGAGAGCUUUAAAAACCAUUUCGAUCAUCCCAGGGCUGAAGGUCAUUGUAGGUGCCCUUAUCCAGUCUGUCAAGAAACUCGCAGAUGUUAUGAUCCUGACUGUUUUCUGCCUGAGUGUCUUUGCCCUUAUUGGCCUCCAACUCUUUAAGGGGCAUCUGAAACAUAAGUGUGUCAAGAACUACACAGAGUUUGUCAACCAGAGCAAAGGGCUACAGCAUCCCAAUGGGACAUCUAUUCUUGAUGAACAGACUUUGCUUUCCUAUCAGGAUUUCAUCAGAAAUCAAGAGAAUUAUAUCUUUAAGAACGGCACUGAAGAUUAUUUAUUGUGUUCCAAUAGUUCAGAUGGUGGCUCCUGUCCACUGAAGUACGUAUGCCUAAAGGUUGGAGAUAAUCCUGACUUUAACUUCACAAGCUUUGAUACUUUUGGCUGGGCCUUUCUCUCCUUAUUCCGUCUUAUGACGCAGGAUUACUGGGAGCGCCUCUAUCAACAGACUCUCAGAGCUUCAGGGAAGAUCUAUAUGCUGUUUUUCAUGCUGGUCAUCUUUCUGGGAUCAUUCUAUCUGGUCAACUUGAUCUUAGCUGUGGUCACGAUGGCAUACGAGGAACAGAGCAAAGCCACUAUUGCUGAAACAGAGGCGAAAGAAAGGAAAUUUCGUGAAGCCAUGGAGAUGCUAAAGAAAGAUCAGGAGGAAUUAGCUGCCAAAGAAAAUGACAGCAUGUCACAUAGUUCAUUUGAAGUGUCACCUGUAGCAUCCAAAGAGGUCAAAGAACGAAGCAACAGAAUGAAGAAAUUGUCUUUAGGGAGAGAAGAUUAUGGAGAGGAGCUAAAAAUCCCUAAAUCACAGUCUAGUGACAGCCAUCGGAAAUCGGCUGUCUUUAUCCACAGUAAUGGUCCGAGUUCAAACCCAACAAAACGUCGACCUAGUCAUGGCAGUGUAUUCAGUUUCCAUGUGUCAAGUCAAGAUGUUGGUGCAAGGGCUGAAUUUGGGGAGGAUGACAGUAGCAGUGCCGGGGAGAUGGAGAUCCAGCGUGGGUCAUUGCUGGCAACACGGAUGGGAAGGCGGCCAAGCAACCAAAGUCAAGUCAGUUACAGCUCUCGCCCAGGUACUCCAAACUACAUGUUGCCUGGCAGAUGGAACCCUGGAGACGAGUGUAAUGGGAUGGUCUCCAUGAUGGGAGGCAGUGGAAUAAGGCCACUCAUGGAACCCAUUUCAGGGGAAGGAACAUUGCUCCCCCCAGUUAUGGAAAAUCCUGACAAGGGCGAGCUGACUCCUUCAUAUGAUGAAGCCAAGAAGAUGCUCCAAACCCAUCGUCUGUCUGUGGAUCAUUAUAACCAUCCACUUCAAAGACAGAGGGCAGCCAGCGCUGUCAGCAUCAUUACCAGUGUGCUUGAAGAAUAUGAAGAAUCAAACCGGAGAUGCCCCCCAUUUUUGAAAAAGUGGGCCUCCAGAUUUCUUGUCUGGGAAUGUUGCCCAGUAUGGGUAAAAAUAAAGAAGAAACUGAGCAUUUUUGUUAUGGAUCCAUUCACUGACCUCACAAUCACACUUUGCAUUGUGGUUAACACUCUGUUUAUGGCUUUAGAGCACUAUAAGAUGACCCCUGAAUUUGACCUCAUGCUAUCCAUAGGUAACAUGAUUUUCACAGCAAUUUUUAUUGCAGAAGUGAUCCUGAAAAUCAUUGCAAUGGACCCCUAUUACUAUUUUCAGCAACGUUCAAAUAUCUUUGACAGUAUUGUUGUUUUUAUAAGCAUCAUUGAACUGAGCAUACCUGAUGAUUCCCAAAAAAGUGGCAAGGAGAAAAAGGGCAGCAAGAAGGGCAGCUUUACAGUUUUACGAACGUUGAGACUGCUGCGUGUCUUCAAGCUUGCAAAGUCUUGGCCAACCUUAAACACGCUUAUUAAAAUCAUUUUGAAUUCAGUCGGUGCUCUGGGCAACCUUACCCUUGUUUUGGCCCUUAUUGUCUUCAUUUUUGCUGUGUUUGGAAUGCAACUCUUUGGCAGCAGCUAUAAGGCGAAACCUUGUAAUAUAACUUCAACUUGCAAACCACGAUGGCAUAUGGAAGAUUUUUUCCACUCCUUUCUUGUUAUUUUCCGGAUUCUGUGUGGAGAAUGGAUUGAGACCAUGUGGGGUUGCAUGGUGGUUGCUGAACCAUCAUUGUGCCUGCUUGUCUUCCUGCUAGUCAUGGUGAUUGGAAAUUUAGUGGUUCUCAAUUUGUUCAUUGCGCUACUCCUGAACUCCUUCAGUGCUGACAACCUCCUCCAGCUCCCUGAAGAUGACAGAGAAACGAACAACCUUAAGAUUGCCUGUGCACGAAUCCACAGAGGGCUCCAUGAAGCCAAACAGAUGAUGUUGGCUUUUUGUUUCAAAGCGUCUGGUUACAAGAAAAAAGCAGCCCAGAAUAAAAUAAAAUGCGACACUGAGAAAAAUGGUCUGGAGCUUGCAAAAGAUGGGCAAAAUUUCAAAGAGAAUUAUGGUCAUGGAAAGAGUGAGAAAAUUGGAGAAAGGCACUCAUUUAAUCUCCUGGAUGAUUUUAUUGCCAAUCCCAGUGUGUUUGUCUGUGUUCCUAUUGCCCAUGCUGAGUCAGAUAGUGAAGGUUCUGAAGAUGCUGAAUUUUCUCAAGCUAGCGCAUUGCAGAAAUCUAAUCGAGAGGUUGACAUUGCCAGCUGUUCAGAAGGCAGCACUAUAGACAUACCUGAUCAUGAUGAAUUAUUGAAGAACGUCACUGAACUAUCUGAAGAUUCAAAGGAGCCAGAUAAUUGUUUUCCCGAAAGAUUUACUUGCUGUUAUCGUUGGUUUUCAGUGAAUACCACAAAGUUUCCAGGCAGACUGUGUUGGAAUCUAAGAAAAACAUGUUACCAAAUUGUAGAGCACAACUGGUUUGAAAGCUUCAUUGUAUUCAUGAUUCUGCUGAGUAGUGGAGCUCUGGCAUUUGAAGACAUUUACAUGUAUGAAAAACCGAAUGUUAAAACUAUGCUGGAAUAUGCUGACAAAAUCUUCACCUAUAUCUUUAUCCUGGAGAUGCUGCUGAAAUGGGUGGCUUAUGGGUUCCACAAAUAUUUCACCAACGCCUGGUGCUGGCUUGAUUUCCUAAUUGUAGAUGUCUCCUUAAUAACUCUCAUAGCAAAUCUGGUUGGAAAAUCUGAAAUGGGUCCUAUGAAAUCCCUCCGGACCUUGAGAGCUUUGAGGCCAUUAAGAGCCUUGUCACGAUUUGAAGGGAUGAGGGUGGUGGUCAAUGCCUUGGUUGGAGCCAUCCCUUCCAUUAUGAACGUUCUUCUGGUCUGCCUUAUUUUCUGGCUCAUUUUCAGCAUUGUGGGUGUCAGCCUGUUUGCAGGAAAGUUUGGAAAAUGCAUUAACAUGACUGAAGCCAAUUCCACGAUUAAUGAAACAAAAAUUAAUAAUAUGUCAGACUGCAAAAUGCACAAUAAUACUAGAUUAUACUGGACGACAGUUAAAGUGAAUUUUGACAACGUUGGCUCUGGUUAUCUGGCUCUUCUACAAGUGGCAACUUUCAAAGGUUGGAUGGACAUCAUGUAUGCUGCAGUAGACUCAGUAGAUACAGAAUUGCAACCCAAAUGGGAAUACAACAAAUAUAUGUACCUCUAUUUUGUGAUUUUUAUUAUCUUUGGAUCUUUCUUCACUCUGAACCUUUUUGUUGGUGUCAUCAUAGAUAAUUUUAAUCAACAAAAGAAAAAGUUUGGUGGAGAAGACAUCUUCAUGACAGAGGAACAGAAAAAAUACUAUAAUGCCAUGAAAAAACUGGGAUCCAAGAAACCUCAAAAACCCAUCCCAAGACCACUGAACAGAUACCAAGGUUUCCUUUUUGAUAUUGUAACCAACCAAGCAUUUGAUGUCGCCGUCAUGGUCCUCAUCUGCCUUAAUAUGGUCACUAUGAUGGUGGAGACAGAGGAUCAAUCUCCAGAGAAGACAUAUGUUCUUAGCAAAAUCAAUAUCCUCUUUAUCAUCCUGUUCACAGCAGAGUGUGUCUUGAAAUUGGUGGCUCUGAGAUACUACUAUUUCACUAAUGGGUGGAACAUUUUUGACCUGGUUGUUGUGAUCAUGUCAAUUGUUGGUAAUGUGCUUUCUGGUAUUGUGGUUUCUUUCUCGCCUACACUUUUCCGGGUGAUCCGCUUGGUGAGGAUAGGACGAAUACUCAGGCUAAUCCGAUCUGCUAGAGGAAUCCGCACACUCCUUUUUGCUUUGAUGAUGUCCCUCCCUGCUCUGUUCAACAUUGGCCUUUUGCUUUUCCUAGUUAUGUUCAUCUAUGCCAUUUUUGGCAUGGCCAACUUUGCCUAUGUCAAAAUGGAAGCUGGGAUUGAUGACAUGUUCAACUUCAAGACCUUUGGGAAUAGCAUGCUCUGCCUUUUCCAAAUCACUACAUCGGCUGGCUGGGAUGGACUUCUCAGCCCAAUUUUAAACACUGGACCUCCGUUCUGUGACCCAAAUCUCAGUGCUCCUUCAACUUUCUCAAAGGGAGACUGUGGGAACCCUGUGCUAGGCAUCAUAUUCUUUGUUACAUAUAUCAUUAUAUCCUUUCUCAUAGUUGUGAACAUGUACAUUGCAGUUAUUCUGGAGAAUUUCAAUGUUGCCACAGAAGAGAGCACUGAACCUUUAGGGGACGAUGACUUUGAAAUGUUUUAUGAAGUGUGGGAAAAGUUUGACCCUCUAGCAACUCAGUUCAUUCAAUAUUCUAAUCUUUCUGACUUUGCAAAUACAUUGGCAGCACCAUUGCGAAUACCUAAACCCAACAAACUUGAACUCAUAGCAAUGGAUCUUCCCAUGGUGAGUGGGGACAGGAUCCACUGCUUGGAUAUCCUCUUUGCUUUCACCAAAAGGGUGCUUGGGGACUCUGGAGAGAUGGAUGCCCUUAAGGUGCAAAUGGAGGAAAAAUUCAUGGCAGCCAAUCCAUCCAAGGCGUCUUAUGAACCAAUCAACACCACACUCAGGCGGAAGCAUGAGGAAAUGGCUGCUGUUACUAUUCAGAGGGCCUUUCGGAGUCAUUUGCUCCAACGUUCCAUGAAGCAGGCUUCUUUCUUACACCGUCACAAAACCUGUGAUGGGGAUAUCCUUGAUGAAGAUGCUCCAGAAAAAGAAGGCCUCAUUGCCCUUCUCAUGCAUGAAAACUAUACCAGAAGCCCUGAUAAAACCCGAACACCAUCCUUAGAAUCUAUCCCUCCAUCCUACCAUAGUGUUACUGGAGCACUUGGUGGUGGUUUUGAGGGAGAAACAGCCAGGGCUCCUACAAGUGAAAAAUCUAAGCAUGGACAACUGUCUCCAGGAAAGGAUAAGAAAUCUAAUGUGUAG